AUGACAAUAGAAUGGGGAUGCUAUGUCUCCCAAAAAGAGUAUCAAGAAAUAGAACAAAAAAUGAAGGAAGUUGAAUUGAAGAGGGUACCACUAACAGCUAGUCCUUCUGGAUCCAAGAAGCUACCACCAUGCAAGGUGACCAACCUGCUGAAAAAAACACCAUCAUGGCUGAUCAUUGAUGCAAUCAUCUCACGGACAUUGAAUGCUGAUAAAUGCAUCAAGUCAGAAAAGGUUUUCACAAAACUUGUUGUUGCAUACAAUCCCAAAACAGAUUACUUUACAAUAGUUGGGAAGAAUGUGAAGCUAACGGCAAAUCAUGUAAAGUUAAUUUUUGGAAUAUCUUGCGGUACGGAGCCGUUUGCAGCAAAAUUGAAGACUAGAGAACAGGUUGCAUUUGCCAAGAGACACAACAUUCAACAAAGACUGACAACCAAAGCCAUAUCAGAUAUGUUGAAAGAACUUGCCCAAGAGAACAAAACCAACAUUGAAGAUGUGCAAGAUGUUGCACCUGAAAUACACUAUGAGCUUGUUGAAUCAAUAAAGAAAUCCCAACAUUCACCGAAAGAUGUGAAGGGCUGCCAAUUGCUACUUCCAUACUGGCUAUGCGAGCACACAAACAUUCUUGAACAAGAGUUGUCAGAACAUCAAGUGCCCAGAUUACUUAAGUGGAAUAUAUCCACACUUGAACAUGCGUUGCAAGCCAUUCCGAACAUCGUGAACACAAGAAAAAUUAAGGUACGAGUUGCUGAACUUACUGAAACGGAUCAAGAACACAAACUUUACAAAAUGAAAUUCCCUUAUGAUGAUGAUGAUGAUAGCAAUGGCGAUGGCGAUGACGAUGGUGAUGCUGCUGCAGAUGAUGAUAGUUCUCGUGAUGAUGGUGCUGGUAAUUAUUCUCUGGUUAAUGCUGAAGAAAAUGACAACAAUGGUGAUGAUGACGAUGAUAGUGAUAAUGAUGCUGCUGCUGAUGAUUAUGAUAGUCCUUGUGAUGAUGGUGCUGGUAAUUAUUCUCCUGUUAAUGCUGAAGACAGAGAUGAUGACAAUGCUCAUGCUAGUGGUCAUGAUUAUCUUGGCCUUGAGGACAUUUCACAACCCAACCAGCAUUUUCAAGCACAAAACCCUCCUCAGGCGAAUGAGUUGGAAGUAUCAAAAGCGCUGCUCCACAUAUCCCAAAAUCAAAGUCAAAUCCAAAGAUUUAUCUCUGAUAAAGACUCGGGAUCAACACUUGUCCCUAACACUGCAAAGAGAAAGAAGGAAUCAACAAGGGAAAGACAAAGAGCUCUUCUCUUGGCCAUACAAAAUAUCAAAGAGUCACACGUGGCAAUCAGUGAGGAAAAGAUACAAAUGGAGCUUGAAUUCAAAGAAGCUGCAGCAAAACAGGAGCAGCAGCUCACAGAUGCACAAAUGGCAUUAAUCGAGGAGAAAAAGAUCUACUUGGAUUGA